UCUGUGUUGCACAAAGGUCAUACCGAAUUAAGGUGUUUAAGUUGCAAUCUUACGCGCGAUGUCUGCAAAAAUCGGAGACCGUGUCAGUUCAAAUAUACCAUGAAGAUUAACUUUAAGAAAAAGUUGAAGAGAUUGUUUAAAUUUUUCCGCGCCGACCGAUUUUCUGAGUAUUUAUUCAAGAUCACCUAUACAAAUUAAAUUUGAGAGAGCUUUUAGACGACAAACAGCAUUUUAUUCUUCUUUAGUUAUACAGAAAAUCGGAAAUCCCAUUUUAAUAUGGACGAUUACAUGAAGGAGACGUUGGGACUAGAAGUGGAAGAUGUAGAGCAAGCGAUGAAGAAGUUCGCAUGGGCGGACUACAUGGUAUUUCUUCUGAUGUUAGCUAUGUGCUUGGUGAUAGGUGCGUAUUUCGGGUUUUGGAAAAAAUCCAGCGGUGCUCAGGACUAUCUUGUCGGCGGGAGAAAUAUGAAGACCCUUCCUGUAGCCAUGUCAUUGGUAGCGAGUUAUAUUAGUGGAAUUUCGCUGCUUGGAAUACCCACCGAAGUGUAUGUGUACGGUAUUCAGUACGCCUACAUACUAGGAGGAUUUUUGCUGAUGAGUCUCGUCAUGUCUUACGUGUAUCUACCAGUUUUUCACGGCCUCAACCUCACGUCAACCUACGAGUAUCUCGAGAUGAGGUUCGACAAGAAAGUGCAUCUGUUUGGGUCACUGCUAUUUGCAAUAAGCACAAUAACUUGGCUACCAUUAGUCAUAUACGUUCCAGCGUUAGCCUUUAACCAAGUUACUGGUAUCAACGUGCACUUGAUAACACCGGUUGUGUGUGUCAUCUGCAUAUUCUACACCUCCAUGGGAGGCAUAAAAGCUGUCGUGUGGACGGACGUUAUCCAAAUCGUAAUCAUGUUCGGAGCCACAUUCUUGGUGGCCGCCAAAGGUACCAUAGACGUCGGGGGUCUUGAAAGUUUGGUGCAUAGAAAUCUGGACUCGGGCAGAAUCGAAGGUCCAAAUCUGGACAUCGAUCCCAUGGCAAGGCACACCUUGUGGUCACUUGUGAUUGGAGGGUUCUUCCACGUAAUGCAUUCAGGGGCGGUGAACCAAAACAUGGUCCAGAGAUAUUUAGCUCUCCCUUCCCUACGGGCAGCUAGAGUUGCAUUGUGGUUGUUCUUCGUAGGCGUGGUGGUUAUAGUGAGCACUUGCUCGUAUCUGGGGCUCUUGAUAUAUGCUACAUUUCAUAAGUGCGACCCAUUGACGACCAUGCUUGCCAGAGAAAAAGACCAGCUAUUACCCUUGUUGGUUAUGGUCGUUUUGGGAGAUUUCCCUGGACUUCCUGGUAUCUGCCUAGCCGGCAAUUUUAGUGCCGCUUUGAGCUCGUUAUCUACUGGACUGAAUUCCAUGGCAGCAGUGGUUUUGGAAGAUUUCUACAAACCGUUUUUUAGGAGGGACCUAACGAGAGAACAGACGAAUCUAUUGAUGAAGUUAACGGUGAUUAUAUUCGGGUGCAUUUGCGUCGCUUUGGUGUUCAUAGCGGAAAAAAUGGGCCAAGUUUUGCAGUUGCAAAUAAGUAUAAGCGCAAUCUCCAACGGGCCGGCCUUGGGGAUAUUUACCAUGGGGAUGAUGAUACCUUGGAUAAAUGCGCAGGGUUGCUUGAUAGGUGGUGUAUCGUCGCUGGUUAUCAUGAGUUGGUGGUGUAUUAGGACUACUAGUUUGGUGGCUUCUGGUGAUUUAACUUUUCCGGAGAAGCCAGUGAGCACGGAUGGCUGCCAUUACAGCUUUACCCCGAAACAUUCGCGGUUGAGUACGAAUUUCAGCGACAUCGUCCAUACAGAUGAGAAAUUCAUGAUCUACCGAUUGUCCUACUUGUGGUACACGUUGGUGGGCACCUUCCUCGCGAUAUUUAUAGGUCUGGUGGCCAGUUUUAUGAACAAACCUGAGGAUCCCCGGGACGUGGAUCCAAAACUUUUGGCGCCUUUCGUCAGAAAAUGGAUCAAGCCCAGGGAAUAUCCGAACGAGCCUACGGAUGGGAUUAUUUACGCUUACGGCUCCUCACAGGAAUAUAAGGAAAACGGAGCCCGUGAUAGAGUUUCUAAUAAUGACAUUCCAUUAGAAGACCGGAAAGUAGCAGAGAUUUCCUAAUUGAAAUGUUUUCUGUAUUAUUGCUCACAAAUAAAUUUCCAUAACGGUAGU